GCGGGUGUUACUGUAAAAAUCACCCUCUAUUUCUGCACCGGAAGGGGCAACUCUCGCAGCGGAAGGGGCGCGAUCUCCGCCUCUCCGCCUCGCUAUGUCUACAAACAAUAUGUCUGACCCACGGAGGCCGAAUAAAGUGCUGAGGUACAAGCCUCCGCCGAGCGAAUGUAACCCGGCUUUGGAUGACCCGACGCCGGACUACAUGAACCUGCUCGGCAUGAUCUUCAGCAUGUGCGGUCUCAUGCUCAAGCUGAAGUGGUGUGCUUGGGUUGCUGUGUACUGCUCCUUCAUCAGCUUCGCCAACUCCCGGAGCUCUGAGGACACUAAGCAAAUGAUGAGUAGCUUCAUGCUGUCCAUUUCUGCCGUCGUGAUGUCGUAUCUGCAGAACCCUCAGCCCAUGACACCUCCUUGGUGAUGUCAGCCUAGAGGGGUCACAUCCUGGACCCCUCUAUACACCUCCCUCCAGGGUUGAUCCUUGGCUGCUCAGCCUCCUACUCUCAGCUGCUGGCUGUCCUGGGCUCCCCUGGGUAGGGGAGUGAGGUAGUCCCAGGGUCCACAGCUGGAUGGAAGAAAUCUGGACUUUUCCUGCUGGUCCCACUUCUGCUGGGGCAGAGAGGAGAAUACCCUGGGCCUACUACUCCUGCCUUCCUUUCCUACCCUGCGUGCUGCUGGGGGAGAUCCUGUCCAUGUUUCUAGGUGUAUUCACUCCUUUUCUUGUUGAAACCAGUUAAUAAUAAAGUUUUGCAUUCUGGGUGUUCUCUGAGA